AUGCAAUUAGAUCAAGACCUGUUAAGCCAAUUGAGUCUCCGUGCUGUCAGUUUGGAAGAUUUAGAGGCCCUUGAAACAAAGACUUACUUAUCCACAUUUGAUGCAGAUGAUGCAUUCCAAUUAGGUACUUUCAUUAGAGAUACCGUAAGAGAAUUGUAUCCAGAAAAGGCUGUCUCGAUCGAUAUUACUCUGCCAAACGGACAUUGUUUGUUCAGAAGUGUAAGUCGUAAUGGAACUGCCUUUGACAACGAUAUGUGGAUUAAGAGGAAGCAAACAACAGUUUUCAGAUUUGGUCAUUCCAGUUUUUAUAUGGGAUGCAAGAAGGGAGACACACCAGCAAUUGAAAGGUUUUUUGUCGAUGAAAAGGAAUACGCUUUCCACGGUGGUGCUGUUCCAAUCUUAUCAUCCGCUGUUGGUUACCCAAUUGCAUGUUUAACAGUUAGUGGUUUGAGACAACAUGAAGAUCAUUUGUUGGCAUUAACUUGUUUAGAUGCGUAUGCCAAAAAUAGCACAUUGGAGAAAUUAGAAUUGGAUUGA